AUGUGCUCCGAAACAAGUACUCCGCCACGUCUUUCUUUCUCUCAUAAUCUCUCUGAAUUCCACCUUCAAAAAGAUGUUACUUGCAUUGAAACAUUGUUGUUAGACUCAAAUUCUGAUUUUGAGUUCAACACAUGUAACAUUCUUGAGUUUGAAGCAUCUUCAGCUGAUGAACUUUUCUCUAAUGGUGUGAUUCUUCCAAAAAGACACACUCCUUUGAUUAAAUUUAAUCAUAUAAAACUUCCUCCGCGUCCAUCGGUUUCAAAUGUUGACAAAACGAAGAAAGAAACGGAUCAUAAGUCCAUCUUAGCUCAACCCAGAACAGAAACCGUUAGAGAGCUUUUAGACGCGAGUUCUAAUAAUGCGAAAAAAUCUCAUUCCAAGUCUUUUUGGGGAUUUAGUAGAAGCAAAAGUUUUAAUUGUGAUACAAAGAAGAAUUUGAGUUUUUCUUUACCUCUUUUGUAUAGAAGUAACUCAACCGGUUCGGCCAAAAAAAUGAGUUCAAGCAAGCAAACAUCAUCGACAAGAGGUAAAUCAUCGUCGUUGCAUUCUUCUACCUUAAAUUUGUAUCCAAUGCAAAAAUCAAAUUCAGGUAAGAGUUAUGGAGGAUCUUAUGGAAAUGGUCAUUGGAUUAGUCCUAUUUUGAACGUUCCAACUCCUUGUGUUUCUAAGGGAAGUGCAAGUUUCUUUAGGUUUGGUUCAAUUUUAAGUGUUGGAAAGGUUAAGAAGAGUAAGAAGUGA